AUGGCCGGAGUAUCUGCGAACUCUCGUGAUUUCAUUGUUGCAUCAAAAUAUAAGUUAAUUCGUAAGAUCGGAUCUGGUUCAUUUGGCGAUAUUUAUUUGGCAAUAAAUAUUACAAAUGGUGAAGAAGUUGCAGUAAAAAUGGAGCAAAUAAAGGCUCGUCAUCCACAGUUAAUGUACGAAAGUAAAGUCUACAAAAUUUUACAAGGUGGUGUUGGUAUUCCACAUAUUAGAUGGUAUGGAACUGAACGAGAACACAAUAUAUUAGUAAUGGAUCUGUUGGGACCGUCGCUUGAGGAUCUCUUUAAUUUUUGCAGUCGUCGAUUUACAAUGAAAACGGUAUUAAUGUUGGCUGAUCAAAUGAUUGGACGUGUCGAAUAUAUUCAUGUUAAGAACUUCAUUCAUAGAGACAUAAAGCCAGAUAAUUUUAUGAUGGGAAUUGGUCGACACUGCAACAAACUGUUUUUGAUCGAUUUCGGUUUAGCGAAAAAGUAUCGAGAUUCGCGAACCCGUGCUCACAUUCCAUAUCGAGAAGAUAAAAAUCUAACGGGCACAGCUCGAUAUGCAUCGAUUAAUGCUCAUUUGGGUAUUGAGCAAUCCCGAAGAGAUGACAUGGAAUCUCUUGGAUAUGUUUUGAUGUAUUUCAAUAAAGGUGUACUGCCAUGGCAAGGUUUAAAAGCUGCAACUAAGAAACAGAAAUAUGAGAAAAUCAGUGAAAAAAAGAUGGGGACGGCUGUUGAAGUCUUAUGUAAAGGAUGUCCAUCGGAAUUCGCAAUGUAUCUUAAUUAUUGUCGAGGAUUGCGUUUUGACGAAGCUCCUGAUUACAUGUACCUUCGCCAAUUGUUCCGAAUCUUAUUUAGGACUUUAAAUCAUCAGUACGAUUAUACAUUCGACUGGACAAUGCUUAAACAGAAAGCUUCACAGAAUAGUAGUAAUGCGCAGUUCGGUGUAUCUGGUUGUCAAGAUGCACAAUCAGGUACAUUUCCUGAUAUCUAA